AUGCUGUGGGGGGGAAGUACACUAGGCGUUGCAGUAGGCGACUUUAACGGAGAUGGCCAUCUCGACAUCGUGGCUGCAAAUUCGGGCGAUGAUACAGUGAGUCUGUUACUCGGCACUGGAUCAGGAACUUUCCUAGCGCAGACUAUCAUUCCUGUAGGGUCCAUCCCAUUUGGUAUUGCAGUGGGCGACUUCGAUAGAGAUGGCAAUCUCGAUUUUGUGACUGCAAAUGCCGGUGACCAUACAGUGAGUGUGUUACUCGGCACUGGAUCAGGAACUUUCUCAGCGCAGACUACCUAUGCUGUAGGAGCUUUUCCGGCUAGUGUUGCAGUAGGCGACUUCAACGGAGACAAUCAUCUCGAUAUUGUGACUGCAAAUAUUGCCGAAAAUAACGUGGGCGUGUUAUUUGGGACUGGAUCAGGAACCUUUCAAGCACAGACUACCUUUGGGGUCGGGCAGUCUCCAUUUGGUGUCGCAGUAGGCGACUUUAAUGGAGAUACCUUGAUCGAUAUUGUGACCUCAAAUGAGGAUGGUACAGUGAGCAUCUUGCUUGCGACUGGAUCAGAGAGUUUCAAACCGCAGACCAGCUUUCCUGUGGGGCCGGCGCCAUUAGCUGUUGCAGUAGGCGACUUUAACGGAGAUGGCCAUCUUGAUAUUGUGGCUGCAAAUACGGGCGGCAAUACAGUGAGUGUGUUACUUGGAACUGGAUCAGGAAGUUUCUCAGCGCAGACUCCCUUCACUGUGGGGUUGGCCCCGCGUAGUGUUGCAGUGGGCGACUUCAACAGAGAUGGCGCUCUCGACAUCGCGACUGGGAAUCUGGACGACGACACUGUGAGCGUUUUGCUUGGGAUCUGCGCCAGUUAA